AUAACAGCAAUAAAAAUCAUAAUAUGUGAUGUUUCCAGGGAAUUCAUUGCCACUUUGGUUCCCUGCAGUAAGUUGCAAAGCAGCUUCAUUUUAUUGUGACCAUCAGACCUGAACAGCAGCUUGCUGCCCAGAGCAAUCAUGUUGUCCUGUUCAUUCUACGUGGUCGCAGCAGUAGCAGCUUUUCUCGGGUCCUGCCAUGCAGAGGAAAAGUGCGCAGGAAUACCCGGGCUGCCGGGUGCUCCCGGGGCUAACGGGCUGCCUGGAAGGGAUGGAAGGGACGGUCUGAGAGGAGAACCAGGGCCACCAGGUCCCGUAGGACCCCCUGGAGGUGCAAUGGGGCCUCCUGGAAGAGAUGGACCUCCUGGACCUCCAGGGCUCAAGGGAGAGCGAGGAGAGAAAGGGGAAAAAGGCAACACUGGACCACCAGGUCUACCUGCUUCUCUUGACACUGAAUUAGGAAAUGUUUUAGCAAGUUUAAAACAUCGAAUUGGCAGACUGGAAGGCGUGCUUACUUUGAAUACAAAAAUAACAGAAGUAGGAGAGAAAAUACUUGCCAGCAAUGGGAAGGAAGUUAAUUUUGCAUCUGCACUAAAAUCCUGUGAAGAGGCUGGAGGAACUCUUGCAACUCCCAUGAAUGAGGAGGAAAAUAACGCUGUUUUGGGUAUUGUAAAGCAGUAUAACAGAUAUGCUUACUUAGGCAUUAAGGAGAAUGAGACUUUAGGUCAGUUCAGCUAUAUGAAUGGCAUGCCUGUGAAUUAUACCAAGUGGCACCAGUAUGAGCCAAAUGGCAAAGGGAGAGAAAAAUGUGUGGAGAUGUACAAGGAUGGAAGCUGGAAUGACAAAAAUUGCAACCUGAAUCGCCUCACAGUCUGUGAAUUUUAA